CUGACAUCUUGGCAAAUUUAAAAGUGCUGACUAAUGCUAAACGUAAAUUCAGUAAGAUUGUUAUCCACGUCGGCACUAAUGAUGUUCAACUUCGCCAGUCAGAGAUCACUAAAAAUAAUGUUAAAGAGGUGUGUGAACUUGCAAGUACGAUGUCAGACACUGUAAUAUGCUCUGGUCCGCUCCCUGCUUACCGUGGUGAUGAGAUUCAUUGCAGACUGUCGUCACUCAAUGGCUGGAUGUCUAAGUGGUGCCCGCAAAAUAACAUAGGCUUUAUAGACAAUUGGAAGAAUUUUUGGGGCAGACCUGACCUGUUGAAAAUAGAUGGUGUUCAUCCCUCCUGGGGUGGUGCCGCUCUUCUCUCUAGAAAUAUGGCACAUAGUCUUAGAGUUCGUACUUGACUAACUGGAGCCCAGGUCAGGAAGCAGACAGACUGGCUAAACCGACCGUCUGCUAGCCGCCUCGCGUCACAGAAGUCAGUUAACUCUCAGCACAUAGAAACUUUUUCACCUAGAUAUCACGCUAUAGAGACUGUGUCUGUUCUCCAAACUAGAAAAUACAGAAAACAUCCAAACCAAAGUAAUAGUAACAAUUUAAUUGAUGUUCAACAAAUAAAAAAACGAUAUAAUACAGAUAAACACAUGAUAAAGCUUGGCUUAUUGAAUAUUAGAUCCCUUUCUUCAAAAGCACUUUUUGUAAAUGAUAUGUUCACUGACCAUAAACUAGAUGUGCUUUGUCUGACAGAAACCUGGCUAAAACCAGAUGAUUACAUUACUUUAAACGAGUCUACACCCCAAGAUUACGGUUACAAACAUGAUCCGCAUCCAAAAGGUAAAGGGGGAGGUGGUGCUACAGUUUAUAGCAAUAUUUUCAGUAUCUCUCAGAGGUCGGGUUUCAAGUAUAAUUCGUUUGAAGUAAUGGUGCUUCAUAUAACGUUAUCCAAAGAAACAAGUGUUAAUGAUAAAUCCCCUGUGAUGUUUGUACUGGCUACUGUAUACAGGCCACCAUGGCAUCAUACAUUAUUAAAGAAUUUUCUGCGCAGUGAAAGCACCCUUAUAGGAGAAGGGACAGAGCGGUGUGGAAUAAAGGUAAAUUAUGUGAAAAAUAAUGCGUUUAUUUAAAAACAAAGCAUUAACACAUGUUAGACUGCACCCCAUAAACACAAUCAAGCCUAGAAAAAAAAACGGUAAACCACCCCUUUAAUUUGUGUUCCGAAGAUGAACGAAGGUCUCAUGGGUUUGGAACAGCAUGAGGGUGAGUAAUUAAUGAUAGAAUUUUCUUUUUUGGGUGAACUAUCCAUUUAAAUAGUAAAAAUCAAGUUCAAUAAUUAAAAUGUCAUGUAAAUGCAGAAAAUAUUUAAACAGGAAACAACUAUUCAAUCCAUUAAAAAAAAAAAUCAUGUUACAGACAGCAUUAAAAAGGUCAGUCUUGUUAAAUGUAUAAUAAAAACUGGAUGACUGCAACUGAAAACCCAUGAAGACUGAAUUAUUAAAAAAUAACUAAUUCAUUUUUUAUUUUUAAUAUUAUUAUUUAUUUAAAUUUUUUAUUUUGGAGGGUAACAUUUAAAAAUGUGAUUCUAAAUAACAGUUGUAAAAAGAUAAAUAAAUAUAAACAUUUAUAACACAAAAGUGUUGUAACAGUGGUGGCUGCCCUAGUCUCUUUUAAAGAAAAUGUUCGGGCACCAGCCAAGAUGAAUCCUGACAAAAUUUAAAUUAACCCAAGAUAGCCAAAAAAAAAAAAAAAAAAUAGAAACUGUUAUAAUAUUAAGCACAAAAACAGUCCAAGGAAAUCUCUGUUCAAAAGGGAUGAUUUAUUGAAUAAUGUUCAUGAAAAAAAAAAACUUGUUUGAAAAUAGGGAACAAGCAAUAACAAUCAAAAUAAAACAGUUCAGCACUUUGGACUUUGGUUCAAUUCAUAUUUGAAAUCUGUUUAGUAAUUGCGUCACGCUAAUUCAAGUUUCAAAAACAGGCAGAUUCACAAUCGUUCAUAAAUUGUACAUUGAAAAAAAAAGGAUAAAAAAGAAACAUUGAAUAAACAUUUUGUUCAUUUCGUAAUUAAGAAACAACAUUUAAACAACAAUCUUAGAAAGCAAAAAUAACCAUUAAACAAUCAUGAAAAUACAAUAAGCACACGGAAUGUGUGGAUGUGAAUGUUAUGCUUGUGUGCAUAGUAGUGAGUGAAUGAGUUUGUGUAAUGACGGUGUAGAGGUACUUACCAAGUUUAAAGGCACAUUACUGAUUUCUGUUUACUGUUUUUAACCAACAGAGGUCUCCAUUGCCCCAGUUUAUUAUUAGGUUUCCUUUUUACCAGUGUAUCUGUUUAAAAUAAUGCAUUUUAGUUAAUUUUAUUCUUCAACCAGGCUAAAUCUGAUAUUGUGUAACAAAAUUAUGUAACUAAUAAUUCUCUUUUAAGUUGUUAAAUAGCACAAACACAUUUAUCAGCUUUACACUAGUUGAAUUGCUCUUACCAGCAAAAAUCCACAAACCAGAAACUUUUAUUGAUAAAGAUAAAUCAGUAUGAAAUAUCACAAUUAAAUAAAUUGAGAAAAGAACAUUUCAAAAAUAUGGAUGAAAAAAUAUCAAUAUGCAUCAGUGUUAUAGCAGAUUUGCAGCUUCAGUCAUGUGAUCACAUGUAAAAGGAGGUAUUCACUGAGAAAGAAAGAGAAAGAGAGAGCACUGAAAAUUAGCGGAGAGAUUCUAGAGCUGACUAUACAACAAUACAAGGCUUUGUGUAGAAAUGGCAACUAUUACAGGAAAUCUAAGGAUUGUGCUUUUGGGUAAAACUGGAUCAGGAAAGAGUGCAACAGGAAACACCAUCCUGGGCAAAAAAUUUUUUUUGGAGGACUUCAGUCCAGAAUCAGUUACUCAAGAAUGUGAGAUUAAAACCAUAAGAAGAGUUUCAAGGACCGUCGCCAUAAUUGACACUCCAGGACUGUUUGACACAUGGAUGGGUGAGAAGAAGGAUAUGGAAUCUGACAUGAUGAAAGAAGAAAAACUGAAAGCUGAAAUAGAGAAGUGUCUGGAGAUGUCUGCUCCUGGUCCUCACGUGUUCCUGCUGGUCAUCAGACUGGAUCAGAGGUACACCGAUGAAGAGAAGAACGCAGUAAAAUGGGUUCAGAAGAACUUUGGAGAAGAAGCCUCACAUUACGUAUUCGCUCUCUUCACUCAUGCUGAUUAUCUGAAGAAUAAAACACUGAAGGAUCAUAUAGAAGAGAAUGAAGAUCUGCGACAGUUUAUUAUCAGCUGUGCUGGCAAAUAUCAUUCAUUAGAAAAUGACAACAGAGCAAAUCAGUCUCAGGUCACAGAACUACUGGAAAAGAUAGAUAAAAUGGUGGAGAGGAAUGCAGGAAAGUACUACACUCGUUCAGUGUAUACACAUGUCCAGAGAAAAUUAACCUAUGAAAAAUUAACCAAUGGUUUAUGCAGUUACAUUGGAAUAUUAGCAUUAAUGGUAGCACUAGCAGCUCUAUUACUAGCAGCUAUGAUCAAAAUGGUUUAAAAAAGAGGUUGAAAAUUAUUAGAAGCCUGUCACUUUUAUUCAAAUAUGUACUUGUUUUUACCGAUGUGUCAAUUUGACAAAUAUUGAGCUUGCCAUAUACAAUCAGGAGUGUUUCAAAAGAAAAUGUCUUUUAAUAGCAUUGUUUGUUCACCCCAUCCUCACUGAAGGCAUUUAUCUACGUUAAAAAAAAAAACUAUCUUUGCUUUAUAACAAUUCUUCUGUAAAAUGUUAAAACAUUUAUUUACAAUAGAAAUAAUGAAACAAAAGUAAUUAAUUUGUGUUAAUUUCACAAUAACAUGCAAAAUGUAAACAGUUCUUAUAAUGCACAAAUAACUUGUUUAUAAAGUCUAAACAAAUGAACAUUUUAAAAAAGAUCUUGAACGUGUUGCUUCCGGUGAGAAGACGUACAAGAAGUUGAGCUUGUGAGGUGCAAACAAAAGCAUUCACUGCACUGAUUAUAUAUUGUUUUUACAAAGCAACACUGAUAUAUUAACUUUUUUUUGUGUGUGUAUUUAAAUUAAAAUGAUGUUCUGAUCUAUUAUUAUAUUAUCCUUUCUGUAGAUAUAUUAUUUAAGGUUUAAAGCGAUUUAAGCAUUAAAUUUCAUGUAUAUUGAUAGUGACAGCUGGUGGCCAAGGUUGGUACCGCAUGCUAAUGUUAGCUAGCUCUCAUUUUUUUUCACGUGUAAAAAGGAGGAAAAGUAAAAGUUUUAAAGACAAAUCAAAGUUUUUCAAGAGAGAGAGAGAGAGAAAAGUUAUUCGGACUAGCGCUCAGGAAGGAUCUUUUUUCUCUCCACGUUGAAUUUGUAUUUUAUUUUUUUCCCACAUUACAGUACAGGUUUUCUGUACAAUUCUGUUAAGCUUAUGAAUGCAAUGGCCAAUCAGAGGCAUUCAGAUUAGUCAUUCUAAAACGCUGAAGUUUUGCUCAGUGUGUUCUUGCUGACUGAAUUCUGUACUUUCACAAAUUCUCUGUUUAUUUGCUGUUUUAAUGGAAAUAAAAUAUAAUAAUGAAAUAAUUAGUAACUUACAAUGUUUUUUAUU